CCCCUCCCACAAUCCUUUGCGCCGCUACAGCAGACUUGCCAGUCAUUCCGGCGUCCAACCAGCGAGCCAAGACAAAAGCAUAAACUUGUCCUUGUCUCUUUUGGUUUAUUUGUUUUAGUUUGUUUCGUUCUGCUUGUGACAUUUUCGAGUAGCAAAGGCGAUGAAGGAGACGGCGGGGGCCAAGCGGCGUGACCGAGCGGGAGGCCGAGAGCGAGACUCAAAGACCGACAAGCCCAAGGAGGCCGCCGCUACUUCUUCCGAGCCGCAGGACGUCGAGAUGCCCGAGGUGGAGGCAGCAGGCUCGGCCAAGCCGCCCAAGGAGCUGGACAGCCUAACGCUGGAAGACAUCAAGGAGCACGUAAAACAGAUCGAGAAAGCCGUGUCGGGCAAGGAGCCUCGCUUUGUGUUGAGAGCGUUGCGAGCCUUGCCGUCCACCAGCCGCCGCCUCAACACUCUGGUGCUGCACAAAACGGUCUGCGGCUUCUUCACCAACAAUGCCGCCACCAGAGACUUCUUGCUCGCUUUCCUGGACGAGCCCAUGGAUCUGGUGGAUGGGGACGUGCCGUUCCGGCCCAGGACGGGUAAGGCCGCCAGCAGUCCUCUGCUUCCUGAGGUAGAGGCCUACCUGCAGCUGCUUCUUGUAGUCCACCUGACCAACAACAAGAGGUUCAUCGAGGCUCAGAAGGUUUCUGACGACCUGCUGCAGAAGAUGGCCUCCAAGAACCGCCGGGCUCUGGACCUGGUGGCCGCCAAGUGUUACUACUACCACGCCCGCGUCUACGAGUUUCUCGACCAGCUGGAUGACAUCCGCAGCUUCCUGCACACGCGCCUACGGACAGCGACGCUGCGUCAUGACGCAGAUGGCCAAGCGGUUCUGCUCAAUCUCCUGCUGAGGAAUUACCUCAACUUCAACCUCUACGAUCAGGCCGAGAAGCUCGUGUCCAAGUCCGUAUUUCCAGAACUUGCCAACAACAACGAGUGGGCCCGAUACCUCUACUACACUGGUCGCAUUAAAGCCAUCCAGCUGGAGUAUACGGAGGCUCGCCGGACGUUAACCAACGCGCUCAGGAAAGCCCCGCAACACACCGCCGUCGGAUUCAAGCAGACGGUGCACAAGCUGCUGAUUGUGGUGGAGUUGCUGUUGGGAGAAAUUCCAGACAGGCUUCAAUUCAGGCAGCCGUCGCUCAAGAGGUCACUCAUGCCUUACUUCUUGCUCACUCAAGCGGUGAGAAUGGGCAACCUGUCCAAGUUCAACCAAGUCUUGGAGCAGUUUGGAGAGAAGUUCCAAGCUGACGGCACGUACACGCUCAUCAUCCGCCUCAGACACAACGUCAUCAAAACAGGCGUGCGUAUGAUCAGCCUGUCGUACUCUCGCAUCUCACUGGCCGACAUCGCCCUCAAGCUGCAACUAGACAGUCCCGAGGAUGCAGAGUUUAUUGUGGCCAAGGCCAUCCGGGACGGCGUGAUCGAGGCCAGCAUCAACCACGAGAAAGGCUUCGUCCAAUCCAAAGAGACCAUAGACAUCUACGGCACCCGUGAACCGCAGCUGGCCUUCCACCAGAGGAUCUCCUUCUGCCUUGACAUACACAACAUGUCGGUCAAGGCCAUGAGGUUUCCGCCAAAAGCUUACAACAAAGAUUUGGAGUCAGCCGAGGAGCGUCGCGAGCGUGAGCAACAAGAUCUGGAGUUCGCCAAAGAAAUGGCGGAAGAUGACGACGACAGCUUCCCCUGAGCACGCCGACUUCCUGCACACACACAGGAAGUUGUCCGAUGCUUAUGACCCACAAUGCCCCUUUCUUCUGCUUCUCUUCUCUCAAAUAAAGAUGGCCAUCUUGUAGA